CCUCCAUUCCUCCGUCACCGUCACUCUCCCACCACCUCUCUUCACCACACCACACAACCAUACCAUGCACCCACAAUGACAACCCCAACCCCAACCAUGGCCCCCAACCUAAACCUCCAAACCCUCUUCACCUCCCUCACCACAAAGAACUGGACCCUCCUACGGGUCCUCAAAAGCGCAAACCCGCACGACAUCAACGGCAACCUGCACGGCACCGCAUCCUUCACCUCUCUUCCCGACACCACCACCACAACACAAGAUUCCCCCGCGCUGCAGCGCCAACUUCUCUACACCGAGACGGGGACCCUGCCGCCACACAUCGGACAUAACCUACAAUGGAAGAAGAGUUAUAUCUGGAGGUUAAAAUCAUCCCCGUCUACAUCCACAACUACACCUACAGUUAAGGAUGAUUUAUCCGUCUGGUUUGCGAAAGUGGGUGAUGAGCGGGUCGCGGAUUAUUUGUUUCAUGGGAUGGAGUUUCUUGAUAAUGAUGAAUCUGGGAGUGGUGGGGAUGAGGAUGGGGAGGAGUUUGUGAGUGCGCCGGUGCCGCCAUCUAUACCUGGAGGAGGAAAGGGAGGGGAGCAGACGGUGGUGGUUACGGCGAGGGGGAAUCAUCUUUGUAUUAAUGAUAUGUAUCGGACGGCGUAUGCGUUUCGGGUGGUGAAGAAAGAGGAUGAUGAUGAUGGUGGGGAUGGGAUUGGGGAGGUGGUUAGUUGGGCGAGUAGACAUGUGGUUAAAGGGCCGAAGAAGGAUCAGGAUAUUGUGAACUAUUAUACGGUGAGGGAGGGGGUUUAGAUUAUAGAUCGUGGAUUGGGGAGGUUAUGGGUGAAGAUGUAGAUUGAUUCUGGUACAGCUACAGCGUGUAUAUAAAGUCUGGCCGCUUGUCUCCAAGCUUCUCGAUCUCCUGUCUCUCCAGUCCUGCUAUCCAGUGGUCUCGGUCUCCCCGACGGCGUUUCGCGUUCUCUCGCCGGAGGAGAACAUACUGCACGAGUGAUCCACCAAACAGGAACAGCACCAAAUAUGCCAGCACUACCCCGUGACCCGGAUAGUACUGAGGCGCGUCUCCGCCGCGGUAGAUGUUGG